CCACACCCGACAUGAUGUGUUACAAGUCAAUAUAUAUUUAUAAAAACAAUUGUUUCUAUUUCAGGAUGUCAUCUUUUUAAAAGAGUAAAAUGGGCCCGGAUGUAACAAAUAAAAAAAAAAAAAAACCUUCCGAGCCUUGUUACACGGGGAGUUCACCUUUUUAUAAAUAGCCUCAAGCUGUUUAAGGACACACUAGGUUACUCGGAGUUUAUCUCUCUCUCUCUCUCCUUUGAAUUGUCAAAUAUGUCAAGAAGCUUUUGUUUUCUGCGUCAUACACAUAUCACACACCCAAAAAAAAAAAAAAAAAUUUAGUCCUUGCCUAGAAACCUUUUUUCUUUUUCUCUCUCCUGUAGAUGGGAAUCAAUGAUUUUUUUCAAGGGGGUUUUUUUUUGCGGCUAUGCAAUGUCGUACCUGUUGUAAUGCCUUUUUUUUUUUUGCAGUACGAAAGCAUUCAGUUCGGUCUUUUGGAAUUAAGUCCUCUAAGCUAUUUUAGAGAUAUAGAUUUUCUUCAGGACUUGAGAAUGAUUGUAAUAACGAAUCAAGUUCUCGAACAAUGUAAAUGUAUCUUUUUUGCACAUAAAUCAUGCCUUUCUUUUUUAUUAUUUGUCCCCAGUCGUUGCAUUGUAUCUAUCUUGUUUCCUACUGUCACACUACAGCCCCCCCUUUUUUUUUCACACCUAUUGUACCUGAACAUAUGGAUGUUACAUAUGUACAAUACGUCUGCUGAUGAUUUAAAGCAAUGCCACACUACUGAUUAAUUUGAUAUUUACCUGCUUUUUGUUUGGUGCUUAUAAGGAUGUUUCUUUUUAUAUGACAAGGGUUUUAUCUGCACGUUUUCUAUAAUUCAAACCCAAGAUCGUUGAGUGAUCUACGAUUGACACCCUGAUAAAAGAGACCUGGGAGGGAGAUAAAAAAUUCACAAAACAGAAAAAAAAAAAAAAAAAAAAAAA